CUGCGUCUCUACGGCCUGCAUCCUGCAGCCUGCAGCAUCCAGACAACAGAAUGAAACAGGCAUCCCUCCGGUAACCGGUCGGGGUUCGGCCGGGCAAAGCGUCCUUGCGCAGAACCCGUUGAUCGCCAAGAAAUCCCCGAGGAAGUUGGAAGUGUGACGAUGUUUUUCCUCCUAUCGCUCCAUCUUAUCGGCCAUCCAGCUGCUCUCCUUGCUUCCCCCUCGGACACUUACCUACCUUUACACCUUCAAUUCCACAUUCUUUCUCAGGGCAAGGUUUAUCCCCUCAAACCAUCGACGUGAUUCCCGGUGGCUAUACGAUUUCCCUUGGCUCGUGUCUCAUUGAUCGUGCUCGCUACUACUAGCUUUUGAGCUGCUUCGGGACAUUAUGCGUCAGAUGACCGCACGUUGAACAUCGCUCCUCGUUUCUUUCUUCCGGCGCUCCUUUGUCCGUCCUUGCUUCGUCAAUGUACCCCCAGGCUGCGUUCGGAGAAAUCGCCCACGGUCUGCCGCAUCGCAUUAUCUCGCAGCUGUACUCCAUAGAUAUGUCCGCACGGGUAUAUUCUACGAAUGGUGAGGAAUUGCCACCGCAAUGCCCACAUCACACAAGUAACAACCCAGCCAAACGACACCAAACACAUUUCUCUAUCCCCCCAACUACCCUUCAGAACAUACUAACCUACAACCGAACCCCUAUCUACAAAGCCAGAAUGAAACCAACCCAACCAGGGAACCACACAAGGGCCGACGAUCCCAGUCCACCAUCAAUGAAACCACCAGAACUCAGAAGAUCCUUGAACCAAACCCAAACCCAUAACCAUCGAGCAGCAAGCAAGCGCAAAAAGCUAGCCAGUUCAGUCCCAACCUGAUUCUCCUCCCUGCCCGUACCGUAUCCAGCUUCAUCCACAUCCCCAGCCUCCGCCCAACAUCCAUCCCCCACGCAAGGGAUAUCGGAAACUUUCCCUCCCACUAUGCUAUGCGAAUCACAGCACUUGCAUGUGCAGGGUGAUUGACACCUGCACGGGUUCCUGGUUCCACCUGGGAUCUCCUCCUUUCAGCCCUUGGUUUACCUACCCUAAGUGCUCGUGCACCCCGUAGUCCUAGCAGCACACCACAACACGACGUCAACGUACAUCUAAGGAAGCUAUAUCAAGCAUC